AUGGAUUUAUUUAAUCAACCGUUUGUAUUUUGCAACAUUUGUUAUAAAAAAUCAACAAAACAAAGUCCCCUGUACAUAACUUCAUGUGCUCAUAUUCUUUGCUCAACUCAUUUACAUGUGGAAAAAAUUAAUAAUAAUACAAUUCAAAAUAAUUGCUUGUAUUGUGACACAAAUAAUAUUUCUAUUAUUAAAUUAGAUGACGAAAAAAAUUUACCUUACGAUAUUCUAAGUUAUUUUAAACCAUUUUCAAUUUCGAAUUCAAAUUUAUUAGAAACUUUUUUAAAUGUUUCUAAUUUCCAAUUUAACAAUUUAAUCAAUCAUUUCUCACAUUUACAAUCAAUCAACUCAAAAUUAAAUCUUAGAUUGAUUAGACAAAAGAAUUUACUGGCUGAGGCAAAGAUUUCAAUUGAUCAAAUACCAAUCUUGAAAAAUGAAAUUGAAAAUCUAAAAUCAAAGCUAAUAGAAUAUGAAAAUUUAAAACUAAAAUUAAAUGAAUAUGAAAAUUUACAUUUAAAUGUAAAUUUAAAUUCAAUGACAAAGAUGAAUAGACCUAUUAACAAUCCAUCAACAACAAAUAUAACAACAAAUUCUUCAUCUUUCUUCAAUAAUACAAACCCCAUCCAAAGAUCUGCCACGUCAUCUGUACUUAGUAAUAAUAGAAAUAAUAAUAAAAAUAUCAAUAAUUUUUUUAUCAAGAAAAAAAAACCUUUAUCUACGAAGGAUCGAUUGCCAGUAACUGUGGACUUGACUAUGGAUGAUGAUAUAAAUUCAACUAGAAACAUACCUAAACAACAAAGAAGAAAUAUUCAGACUUGCAAUAUUAAUGAAACUUUUAGAGAAAAAUUUAAAAAAAAUUCAAAUAAAUUUUUAAAUUCUUCUAAUACUCAUUCUGCAUCAGAAACAUCUAAUCAUUCAAUUAGAUCUGGAAGUUCUCGUACAACGGAUUCCAAUAACUACAGAAUCAUUAACGAUAUUAAUAAUAAAAAUAAUAAUAAUAAUAAUAAUAAUAAUAAUAAAAAUAAUACUUCUUCAAAUACUAACAAUAAUCCCAAUUUUUUUUUAAACAAUAAUAACUUUAUAUCAGAAUCAACUCAUAUUGAAAAUACAAAUGGAAAUUCUUUUUCUCCAAUUCCUACUUUAAAUAUUAACAAUCUUCCUAAUAUAUCACCACUUCCUUCAAAUUCAAAUCAAACAACCAAUAACAAUAUUAAUAACAAUAAGAGUAUUAAUACUAACAACGAGAUAUUAAUGCCUCCAGCAUUACAGAAUUUAAAGCUUACAAGAAGAAGUAAUACCUUGAAUUCUAUUCAAAAUAUGACAAAUUCCUCACAAUUAAUAAAUAAUUAUGCCAACAAUAGAAGAAAUACUUGGAAUAAAAAUAACAAUUUAUUAACUAGAAAGAGAUUAGGUAGCAGUCGAAUACCUGAUUUAUACUCAUCUAGAGAUUUACUAAUAUCUACUUCAAAUGUAAAUAUUAAAAAUUCAAGGACAAAUGAAAACAAUAACACUAAUCAAUUUUCAAAAAAUUCAAUACAAAAUGGUAUAUCUUCAAAACAAAGAGCUAAUAAUAUUAAAAAUAAUCCGAGUACAAAUAAGAAUGCAAAAUACACAAGAAUAAGGUAA